ACUCGAUGCUUUUGUGGAGAGAGAAAACACACCUCUACUCUACUCUUACUCUACUGUACUGUACUGUAGAAGAUUCGGCUUCACCCUUCUUUUCUUUGUCCCACCAGCCUUCCCUGCCCUGCCCUGCCCUGCCCUGCCUCGCGACCUGCGCCUCUUCCAACCAACACCUCCAUCCCAUUCCCAUUCCCAUUCCCAUACCGUCCGCCGUUCCUGUCGUCUCCCGACUCUCGGCAAAAGAUCUGCUAGCCCAACCCAGCCCUUGCAACCCAGCAGCCCAGCAGCCCAGCAGCCCAGCCCAGCCCAGCUGCCAGUCUCUGUGACGUUUUUGCCCGUUCAGUCGGAUCAACCCUGGAGAUAUCUGCUGCACCAGCUCAGGCCCCGUACAGUACCUCACUCUACUCUCACUCUCACUCUCACUCUCACUCUCACUCUCGCUCUCGCCCUCGCUCUCACUGUAUACUGUAUACUGCACCAGACGACCACGACCUAUCUCAUUUUCAACCCAGCCUUCAAUCUACCAUCCUUUUUCGCCUGCGCUUUGGGGUCCUGCUGUUCUAGGAGAUUUUCUUAGGAGCACAAUUACUUGAUUGUCUCACCGUCGCAGCUGCGAAGCUCAACCACGCCGCCUACGUCUGCAUAUGUCAAUAAACUGAAGAUCAACCGGAUCGCCGGAAGAGCAACAUUUGAUAUAGGAGGACAAUAUCGCAUUCGUUACCCAGAGAAUACUGCAAUUCAGCCAAGAUGUCAGCCCGAAGUCGAGUACUUUCGUUCAUGUCCAACUUCUCGAACAACCACAGAGAUUCGCAGAGAAGCCCAACGCCUACAGCGCCCACACAAAAGUAUGAAGCUCCAAGGAGCGAGCCUGUUCGACAUGCCCCUACGAUGCCCGUUGGAUCUUCUCAGUACAACAUGGACGGGAACGGUGGCCAGCCAAGAGUUCAACGGGAACGCGCUGUGUCAAGUUCCAGGCCUCUGUCUAUGAUACAGACAUAUCAUCCAUCCAUGAUGGAUGUCUCCCAGGAUACUUUGCCUGAGCUUCAGCCCAUUUUCACAUUUCUUAAUAGUCAUGCAAACAAACUGUACCAGGAGGGGUACUUCCUAAAACUAGACGACCAGAAUACGCAUGGUAGACCAAACGCCGACCGCACAUGGACCGAAUGUUUUGCACAGCUUGUAGGAACAGUAUUAUCAUUGUGGGAUGCCGCGGAGCUUGAUGCUGCGGGUCAAGAUGGAGAAGUCCUCCCGAAAUUUAUCAAUCUUACCGAUGCAUCGAUCAAAAUGAUUGAAGCACUUCCAACUAGAGCCGACAGCGAAGCUCCAUUGCAGAACGUUCUCAGCAUUUCGACUGCCGGCAAAAAUCGAUACCUUUUACAUUUCAAUUCUCACCACUCGUUAAUUCAGUGGACAGCGGGCAUUCGACUUGCCAUGUUUGAACAUGCCACCUUGCAAGAGGCCUACACUGGUGCGCUGAUUGCCGGCAAAGGGAAAGGGCUGAACAAUAUCAACAUCAUCAUGGACCGGGCAAGAGUCCCAACUGCUGACUGGGCACGAGUUCGUUUUGGGGCGGGAACACCAUGGAGGCGCUGUUGGUGUGUCAUCUCACCUCCUGACGAGAAAGAGGUACAGAAGCUUCAAAAGCAGCUCAACAAAAAGAAAUCAGCUUACGACCGAUCCCGACCUCCAAUUUUGAAGGGCGACAUCAAGUUCUAUGAUACGAAAAAAACCAAAAAGGUCCGCCCAAUUGCCACUAUCAGCGAUGCUUACUCGGCUUUUGCCAUCUACCCUCAGUCUAAGCCGUUGAUUGAUGCUUCAACGCUUGUAAAGGUGGAGGGGUCUAUCACCAUCCAUUCAAACCCACCGUCGACUACAGAAGGGUUCGUUUUUGUCAUGCCAGAGGUCCAUCCCGCGGUUACUGGUUUUGAGAUGAUGUUGCGUUGGUUGUUCCCCGUUUUUGAUACUUUUGGAUUGUACGGACGUCCUGGCAGAUUGGUUGCCGACACCACGGAUCUCAGAAGUCUGAUGUUUGCAAUGCCGAAACACCGGAGAUAUGGUUACCUCGAGAUUCUUGAUGUAUCAAGUCUCAUUUUGGAGCCUGGAAGUGCUAGUUGGAGGGAGGGGGAAUGGCGGAAAAGAAUGAAGGAGCUGACGGGCAAACGGAUGACAGCUGUUGAAAGCAGCAGCCAGGCCAACAGCAGAUAUAACAGUAGGAGAAGCACUCGAAACAGUUUUGGGCCCUCUCGCAGCAGGAUACAUUUCGACGACGGAGCUUCUGUUAGGUCUACCCCUGCGAAUGCCUGGGGCCCUGGCGGCCAAACAGAUGGAACUUUUGGAAUCCCACGAACGGACUCUGCUCCGCCUGGGGUCGGUGCUUUUGCACCUCCUCCUCCUAGAUCCCAACCUAGCGCCCACAGUCGGUCUUUCUCUGAGAGCCAAGGACUUGAUCGUUUUCGAGAUCAGCCACCGUCGAACUACGACGGAAUUUAUGAGAAUGCCCCAACACCUCCACCGCAUGCUGUGGGUGUAGCCGAAUCCCGCGAUAUUCCAGACCAGAGGUACCUUCCUGAGAUUGGCUCUACGCCUGAGCGUAUCAGUUCAGAGGACGAACAGGUCGCUAGAUCCACGCCCGUACGAGAGCUGCACGAGCUGCAAGUCGCUACAACGCCAGAGCCAGUCGCGGCUCCCCCAGCUUUCGCCCACGGUCCUGGUGCUAUGCCAAUAAGCAAGCCAUACCACUCACCAGAAUUGCGUAGAGCUAAUAGCCGCAUGUCGAAUGCUACACUCUCGCAGUUAGCUGGUGCUGGAGGUGUUGCUGCUUAUCAUGCACAUGGAGAUGAUGCUAGGACAGAUGAGGAUCACAGACAGCCGUCGAAUGGCGACAGAGGGGUACUGCCAGCUGCCAACCUGAAUGGACUUCCUGCUAAUCAUGACGGUCUGAAUGAAGGCUUGGUAACAGCAUCAAAACCCCGAUUUUCUUUCGAAGAUUCCUCCCCGUCCCAUUCUACGGAGCUUAAUACGCCCACGAACUUUUCACAGCCAUCUUCGAAUUUCCCAUCUACCUCUCGUAAUUUGCCUUCCCCGGACGAUUCUCGAACUCCACAACCUCCAUCAUUUGAUGAGCAAGCACCGCAAAACCGUAUGUAUCAGCCACCACAAACGUUUGAUUCCCCUUCGUCGAAUAGUCCCAGUGGACCCAUUGGACAUGGCCAUUUUCACCAGCAAUCGACAGACUCAACAUACAGCACCGCAUCCCAGCCACGCCUCCAGACCAGUCCGAGUAUCGUACGCAAGCCUCUCCCUGUCCGCAGCUCCAGUAUCCAGACACCUGCAUCCGCUGAAACAUCAAUAAGCACAGGUAGCUCAGGACAGCAUGUUAUCGACCAAGCAGCAUUUUCUAUGAUCGGGCGUGACGAUCACAGACCUGCUCGGGGUGCCGAAAAUCAACUCUAUCGCCAAAAUACCGAUGCCAGCAGUGUCUAUGAAGACGAUGCAUCGAGCGCAUCCCCCGAUUAUGCUAGUACCAGACGUUCUGUUGAUACCCGAAAGUCCAUCGAAAAGCCACGAGCUGGUGUUAUGAAGACUGUCGGCAAUACAGAAGAUUCACGAUAUAUGAGUAGCCAAGCUACCAGUUCGCCACCAAUCCAGAUAGAUUUUGGGCCCACCUUUAAUCUUGCUUCGGGUGCUCAACCAAGAAGUCAAAGUCCUGGCCCAGCCCAAGCAUAUGCCAGAGCGGCCAGCCCUGGCCCUGGAUUAAAUGCAUAUACUGCGGAUCGAUCCACACAGCAUGGAAGUCCAGCAAAAAGACCUGACAGUGCUGGGGAUUCAAGGUCACCAGCACGUAAAGCUAUCACGCCUGAGAAUGCUCAUUAUCGAAACAACUCCUCGGACAGUCGGACAGUGGCAUGGCAACCUGGCAUGGCUGCCAGUGGUAAUACGGGGAGCAGAAUGUCGAUUACUCCAGAGCAAUUUGUUCAACAGCGAGCUGCUAUGUCACCUCCAACACCACUGUACGCACACCAGCGCCAGCCUUCUAGCAAUGCUCUACGUGCCAAUACACCGACGCCCCCUCUCGCCAAUCGAUCGAACGACUAUAUGGCCCACCACUCACGAAACAGCUCUAUGGACUUACUCCAACGACCAAGUUCGCGCGGUGCCAAUGUGGCUCUUGGGCCAUCCGGCACAGGCGAUAUUCCUGCAGCUCUUUCAGCCCGCGAACAAGAGCAUAUCGCGAAAAUGACUGGAGCCCCAUUUAUCAGCAUCGCCCACAAUAACAACCGGCAAGCGCCUGCUGGUGGCCUAGUCGGAGCUAUUGAGGUGAGGGAGCGAGAAAAACAGCAAGCAAAGCAAGGCAUCAAUAGCCAAGCUGUUCAAAAUGCUAUUACGCAGAGGCAACAGCAGGCUCUAUACCAGCAGCAGCAGCAUUACCAGGAGCAGAUGGUGUCGGAGUACCGUGCACCGCAGCAGUAUAACAUGGGUCAAUAUCCGCAGCAAUACCCGCAAGCUCAAAGACAGCCGCAACAACAAGGCUGGGGGAAUUCGCCGGCAGCGAGGGUAUUCGCACAAGGUGGUGGAUGGAGCGCGUCCACUCCUUCACCAAGCUAUGCGGGGCUUGAGCAGGGCAGACAAUCACCAUCACAAUACCCACCCCGACAACAGCAAUACUUUCCGCCACAGCAACCGCAACAAGGCCGAGGCAACGGGUCGUUUCAUGGCCAUGGGUACUAGAUACUAAUUAGGGUACUUUUAUUUUUCGGCGUUGAAAGAGCCCUGUUGGGGUCGAGGCGUGGCGGGUGAGAUCAUUUUGUGUUGCCUAGUGAUGGUAUCAAAAGCAGCGGUUCAGCGCAGAGUUUUUCCUUCUGUGUAUUUCCUAAUUUUAUUACUCGUUACCACCCGGGGCCCCUAUUACUAUCGGGUGUCUCAGGGACUUUUCUCUUUGUAUUCUUGCAUUGACGGCGAACAGAAAGUGGCGUUUUCCCCGGAUCGCACUCAUGGUAGUGGCAUUACCUAUCUACUUAUAGAAACAGAAGAGCACAGGAGAGGAGACUGGUUUAUUAGAUUGAAUGGAUGAACGAAAGGAGAGAAUGAGCAGAGGCUUCUCUCACGUUCUUGAUACUCCGUCUUUGCUCCAAAUGAAGA